UUUGGGAAUGGUUUGAUUUCCCGCAUGAAGUAAUUUUGAUCAUAUCUGCGUUUGAUUAAAUUACAAUGAACUACCACCACUACGAUUAUACUUUUAAAUCCCCAAAUUCUCGAUUUCAAUCAAAGGAAGUUAAUUUAUCCUCCUUCCGACUUCACAACGUCCCCGACUCUGCGCCACAACUAGGGUUUACAGUUACCUGUUUGCUUUCUCGGAAAAAUCUAGGGUUUUGAUUGCUUCAUUGCUCAAUCAGAAAUUUUCUCCGUUGGUUUGGUGGACAGCUGGACGAGUUACCCGAAGUAAAGGAAACUUGAAACUCGAGAUGUUAAUUUCUUCAGUUUAAUGUAUUGGGUUUUCUACGUCAAGAUUUAUCCCCUUUACUGUUCAAAGAAUUUGUGGAUAUCAUGAUUUCUCAUUGGAUGUCUGGAUGUUUUCUUUUCCUUUGGGGAACGCGAGAAUACAUAUUGUACGGAAGAUUGAGAUUUGUUGUUUUGUGGGAGGGAUGUGAGGAGUACAAGCCACAAUCGUCUACAAGAUGUGACUGUUUCUUUAGUUUUUGGUUGCAAUUUUGAAACAUAACUGCAAAUGAUUAAUUUCAGUUUGUCUGGUGUUUAUGAGUGAUUUACCUAUUAAUGGUGUUCUGAGUCUUCUGACUUGUAGUUGUACAUUCCAUGACUGCUGAUAUUAGAUACUUUACAGACUGUUGAUAUGCCUUUAUAUCUUUUCUAUUUGAUUGAAGUUAUUGAAAGAAAUUUGAAGUGAAGCAAAAGAGAAGAUAUGAUUAUAGUUUUAUACUUGUUCAUUUUAUUUUUCUUAUCCCUCGCCAGGGCAUCACCAUUAUUAAGUCCAGUUUAGUACUUCAACUUAUUUUAUGACUUUACCUCAUCCGUCCCCAAUCGCCUGAAAAUGUUUGAACUUUAAUUUAUUAUUUCUUCUCAUGUUGCUUGUAAAAGACAAUCAAAACAAUUUUCUGAUUUACUAGCUCUUGCGAGAAUUAAGAGGAAGCUGUGAAUUCCUGCAGUGGCUAUUGAACUAGUGUACUUGCUGUUUUAUCAACUGUUAGAAUAGUUUCUAUCGAUUAACAAUGUACUUUAGUGUUGCUAUUGAAACAUGAGAUUUAGCUCGGAAGUUCAAAGUAAAAAGUUGACGUUAUCAGGUAAUAUCUUCCACAUUGUAUUUAAUCUGUGCAAUUUUGGAUGAUUUAAAGUUGUUUAUGCAAUUCCCUCAUCACUUUUUUAAGCCUUUUGGAAAUCAAUUUAUUUGCUACAUAGUUUCUCAUCUAGAGCAUAGACCUGUCAAUGCACCAUUGUUUUACUUGUGUCUUUGUUGAUCCGUGAUCUUUGUGAUUUUAUAUUUGGGUUCUUGGGAGUGAUAAAUGGUUUUUCUUGAUUUUAUGUUCAUAGUUUGCCAAUUCUGCCGAGAUUUGGGUUUUACCCAAGUGCUUUCUGUUUUUAAGAUUAUAACAUAAAAAUUGUCGAGAGCGAUCUUUAUUGCUUGAAGAUAAUGCUGUAUUCUGAAAUCGUAAAUACAAGUAUUGGAGAUAAUGUUGAGGUCUAUGCUGUGCUAUUUAAGAUACAUAAUUGCAAUUUUCAUUUGCUGUGUAUUUCUGGUCAAAAUUUAAUGUGGUUAUGACUUAUGACACUUCACAGUUAAGUUUGACAUGGAUUCUACAACGCAAAUUUUCCAACAUCGCUUGUCGGUCAAAUUGUGGCCCCCAAGUCAGGGUACCAGGCUGUCACUUGUGGAGAGGAUGACAAAGAAUCUUACCACCCCAUCUUUUAUCUCCAGAAAAUAUGGCCUGCUCAGCAAGGUAGACGCCGAGGAGGACGCCAAGAAAAUUGAAGAGGUAGCCUAUGCUACUGCGAACCAAAACUUUGUGAAAGAGCCAGAUGGCGAUGGAAGUUCUGCAGUGCAGAUUUAUGCCAAAGAAUCUAGUAGACUCAUGCUGGAGGUUCUUAAAAGAGGCCCUAGAGCAAAGGAUGGAGAGGUGGUGGUUGCUGAGAAAGCUACUGCUGCUCAAGGAAUUGUCUUCGAUAUAUCUGGAGGUCCACGGGCAUUUAUUGAUGCAGAGGAGGCAGAGGAGCUGUUAAAACCUUUACGAGAGCCUGGAAACUCAUUUACUAAGAUAUGCUUCAGCAACAGGAGCUUUGGAUUAGAUGCAGCUCAUGUGGCAGAGCCCAUUUUGUCUUCUAUCAAGGAUCAGUUGACAGAAGUAGACUUGUCGGAUUUUGUAGCUGGAAGGCCGGAGGCAGAAGCUCUCGAAGUCAUGAACAUAUUUUCCUUGGUCCUGGAAGGUUGUAACUUGAGGUAUCUGAACCUUUCAAACAAUGCUUUGGGGGAAAAGGGUGUCAGGGCAUUUGCAGAGCUCCUGAAGUCUCAGAAUAAUUUGGAGGAGCUGUAUUUGAUGAAUGAUGGUAUUUCAGAGGAAGCUGCACGAGCGGUUUGUGAGCUAAUUCCUUCCACGAAGAAGCUUAAGAUCCUUCAGUUUCACAACAACAUGACAGGAGAUGAAGGCGCGGUUGCUAUUUCUGAAAUUGUCAAGCAUUCUCCUGCAUUGGAGGAUUUCCGUUGUUCGUCCACAAGGGUAGGUGAAGAUGGCGGCAUUGCUCUUGCCGAGGCACUCAGGAUGUGUAGCCACUUGAAAAGGCUUGAUUUGCGUGACAAUAUGUUUGGUGUGGAAGCUGGUGUUUCUCUGAGCAAAUCUCUAUGUGCAUUUGCAGAGCUUAGUGCGGUUUACCUCAGUUAUCUGAACUUGGAAGAUGUGGGGGCUGAGGCACUUGCCAAUGCUCUUAAGGAGUCUGCUCCGUCACUAGAGGUUCUGGACAUGGCUGGCAAUGACAUUACAGCCAAAGGUUCUUCGUCUUUAGCAGCCUGUAUCGCGGUAAAACAAUUCCUCACAAAAUUAAACUUGUCUGAGAAUGAACUGAAGGAUGAAGGCGCGAUUCUGAUUGGCAAGGCAUUAGAAGUGGGCCAUUGGCAGUUAACCGAUGUUGAUUUAAGCUCGAAUUCGCUCAGAAGGGCAGGAGCGAGGUACUUGGCACAGUCUGUUGUUCACAAACCUGGAUUUAAGUUGCUAAAUAUCAAUGGAAAUUUCAUAUCUGAUGAAGGAAUAGAUGAGGUGAAGGAUAUGUUUAAGAACUGCCCUAGUAUGCUAGGAUCCCUGGAUGAGAAUGACCCCGAUGGAGAAGAUCUCGACAACGAGGCUGAAGAGGAGGGUGGAUUUAAUGAGGAUGAAUUGGGAUCAAAACUGAAGGACCUUGACAUCAAGCAAGAAGAUUAAAAGAUCAAUUGCCUGUAUUCCAUGUAUUGCUCAUGUCCAUUGACUAUACUAGGAUUCAUCCAGAUUAGUCUUGUUCUGGGAAUAUCUCCAGUUUCCAUUUAGAAAUUAGAAAUUCAGGUUACAGUUGUAGCUUAGUAAAACUUCCUCUUCUUUUGCGUAGGCACCAUUAGUCUUCUAGCUUAUGCUAAUGUACCUCAGACUCAGAUUGCAAAUCUGAAAUCUUCUUUUCUAGAUAUUUACAUUUUAUAUUUUUAUUGUGAAGUUUCAUGAGGCUUGGAUUGUUGAAGGUUAACUCUUUUUUUUU